ACUUUUUUUCUAACAAAACUGUGUUAGAUCAUUUCUUGAAUUGUGCCGAAUAUAUAAAAAUAUACAUAUGGACAAUGUUCUGUUUACUUAUAGUCUCAUUGUUAAAUCACUGAAAUCUUACAGCGUAUAGACUUUUGAGGGCUCACRUGUAAUUUAAUAUACACUACGUGAAAUGAAUAACGUUAGAAGAGUCAAGAAUAAUAACACACAUCCUGUUUGGUGAAAAACAAUAUUGAUAUUUGAAUGGGGGGAGUCCUGGUACUGGUUCAGUCCAAGUGCUUUGGGAUUUUAUCAGGUCCAGAACUGAUUAAGCGACUCCAAAUCCAUAUUACUCWGCUCCCCACAUCUGGUCGCUAAAAUAAGAAAUGAGGUGAAAUGUAGCGGUUUCUCAAUAAAAAGCAUCGCGAUCUGUAAUUAMGGCCAGCCAAUAAGAGACGCCCAAAAUAAGACUAAGAGAAUAUAACUUUCUUCUGCCAGGACUUUCUUUUUCAGACUCAUAAUGAAAUCAAACCAUUCAGUCGGGAAAUUAUAAUGGAUGCACUAUUUCUACUUUUUCUUUCUUUCUUCGACCAAUCGGUUCGUUUCAACAGAAAACACGCGGGGAGCUGGUUACAACAGAGCAGCGCGCAUCGCGCAGCGCAGGUUUGCGCACGGAGAGGACGUAGCUGCGACACUGGCGAGGCGAAAGGCGCGACUACAGCCGAUAAGAUGCGGUGAAGAGCUCCACUUCCCCCUCGCCCCCUCUCCCCAGGCUUUUUUUUAAAAAAAAAAAUAAAAAUACCACGGAGUGCCAGGGUAGACGGAAAUUAAAAAGGAAACGGGUCCAAGAUGAGUGCGGUCCAGGCUGGAGGCGAAGGGAGGGUGGAUAGCGGCAGAGGCAGCCUCACCGCCAGCAGCGGCGGCGGCGUUAGCGGCUCCCCGAGGCUCCAUCAGCGCGUUCAGCCCCCCAACAGCGGCAGCCGGACGAAGGAUAGCAGAAAUCAACAGCAGCAACAGCAGCAGCUUCAGCUCCAGCAGCAGAGGCAUCAUGGUGGGUCGAUGCUGAAGCAACCAUCCCACAAUGAGCCAGCUGACGUCGUGAGGCGGGCGCUGGACUUUAAGAGCCAAGGCACUCAGUGCUACAAGGAUAAGAAAUACAGAGAGGCGAUCGGCAAGUACCACCGCGCUCUGCUGGAGAUCAAGGGGCUGUGCAGGGUGCUGGGGGAUCCGGACCCCGGCCCCAAGUCCACGUCCACCCUCCUGCCGACCAUCAGCAAGUCCAGCACGCUGACGGACGAGCAGAAGGGGGCGAUGGAGAAUGCGGAGUUGGAGUGUUACAACAGCCUGGCUGCUUGCCUCUUGCAAAUGGAGCUGGUGAACUACGAGCGGGUGAAGGAGUACUGCCUGAAAGUGCUUCUCAAGGAAGGGAAGAACUUCAAAGCCCUUUAUCGCUCCGGAGUGGCCUACUACCACCUGGGAGACUACCAGAAGGCCCUGUACUACCUGAAGGAGUCGCACAAACAGGAGCCAUCAGACACAAACGCCAUCCGCUACAUCCAGCUGACAGAGAUGAAGAUUCGCCGAAAUGCCCAGAAGGAAAAGAAAGAAGCGUCGUAAGCCGGCGCCUCAUCUGUCAUGAGUUGCAGCCCCACUGUGUGUCACUCUGACCUUAAAACAUGCCAGAGGUCUUAUGGUGUGAAAUCAUAUUUGUUUAGCGGUUUUUUUUUCCUUUUUGCUUUGCACUGCAUACGGUUGCCAGUUGUUAAACUUUGUUGCGUGGGUCGGGUCUGUUGUUACGGAGGUUCGGUUAUUUUUGUCCUUAAGAAAAAGAAACCGCACCAAAUGUAUUUGACAAGAAUUUCUACACACUCCGCUUUAGCUCUUCUUAACCGAUGCACUGCCAGUCCAAACGUUGCACAUCCGGGCCCGACACCUGUGACGGAAACUGGAGCGACAAGUUCCGCUGUACUGCGUCACCGUAAGUCGGCACGCGCACUCGCACGAGACGUGCUUCAAAUGCCUUCCUAAAAGUGAGCAACAACCACCUUCACUUCUCACCCCUAACUAUUAUUUGAUUAUUUUAAAAAAAUGUAAUUCCAAUGUUUUUCUCUUCUUGAUUAUAUCUGACGUUAAGGUGCUGUAAAAACACAAAAGCAACACGAAGCACACGGUUUUGGUACGACACCAGAUACAUAUCACACUUAUAUGUAAAUAGGCUGUUAUGUAAAAUCUCGUGGAAAGCUAAAUGAAAAGGGAAACUGUAUGUCUUUAUUAAUGCCAAAACGAAGCACAUCACUCAACAUUUACUGUAUCUUAAAAUUCCUUAUGUGUAUGGUAAUAGUAUAUGUGUAAUAAACUUGUUUAAUAACUACAAA